CUCACAGAAAUGGUGCAGGGAAGAAUGGCUUCGCACAAUGGCUCUUCAGUGACUGAGUUUGUUCUGCUGGGUUUAACACAACAGCCAGAGCUCCAGCUGCCUCUCUUCCUCCUCUUCUUGGGAAUCUAUGUGGUCUCCGUGCUGGGGAACCUGGGCUUGACUGUUCUCAUAGGUCUGAAUCCUCAUCUGCAUACUCCCAUGUACUACUUUCUCUUCCACCUCUCCUUCAUCGAUCUCUGCUACUCCUCAGUCAUAACUCCGAGAAUGCUGAUGAGUUUCCUAAAUCAAGACAUCAUCCCUUACCCUGAGUGUAUGGCUCAGCUCUUUUUCUUUGCUUUCUUUGCAAUUGAUGAGUGCUGUAUUUUGACCUCCAUGGCCUAUGACAGAUAUGUGGCCAUCUGUAAGCCCCUGCUUUACAAGGUUAUCAUGUCCCAUCGGGUCUGCUUCAUGAUGACAGUUGGUGUGUAUGCAAUGGGCUUUGUGUGUGCCAUGGCCCACACAGGGUGUAUGCUCAGACUAACGUUCUGUGGCAGCAAUGUUAUUAAUCACUACAUGUGUGACAUCCCUCCUCUCCUGCGGCUGUCCUGCUCAAGUACCUCCAUUAAUGAGGCAGUGGUGUUCAUUUUGGUGAGUGUCAAUGUUACAGGCCACAGUCUUGUCAUCUUUAUUUCUUAUACUUUGAUUCUCUCUAAUAUUUUCUCUAUCCAUUCUAGAAAAGGCAGAUCCAAAGCCUUCCACACCUGCAGCUCUCACAUCAUUGCUGUUUCUUUUUUCUUUGGAGCAGCAACACUCAUGUACCUUAAGCCUUCUCCUGCAGAGGCUCUGGAUCAAGAUAAAUUAUCCUCUGUUUUUUAUACUAUUAUGGAGCCAAUGAUUAAUCCUUUAGUCUACAGUUUGAGGAACAAGGAUGUCCAUAUUGCACUAAAAAAGACUUUGAAGAAAAGGAUUCGUUCUUAA